AUGCAGUUGAGAGCUCAUUUGAAUUCUGGAAUCAAAGACAUGUCAUUGUUUUCCAAGUUUACAAAACAAUCCGACAAGGUUGCCUAUCCUUGGUCCCAGAAAAAGUCUUCUGGUCCUGCCCUCCCAAGAUAUGGGCACGUUGUCCAAGCUGUUUCUACUACCGAGACUUUUGUCGUCCAUGGAGGAAUAGCGAAAGGCUCUGGCAAAAAAGACAUCUUCAUGUUUGAUCCAGCCACCGGGUCAACUUCCAACUAUAGUGCAUCAGGCGAUUAUCCUCCUGCCAGAUCCUAUCAUACAGCAAUCAGCUUUGCAAAUCAAUUGCUUGUAUAUGGCGGAGAACCUAAAAAUGUUGAAGAGGCUACGGAUGAGAACCUGUACAUCUUGAAUCUUGGUACCAAGCAGUGGUCCACCAUUCGCAUGGAUGUCCGGCCGCCUCACGGUAGAUCUGGUCAUUCUGCCAUUUUGCACGGAAUGAACAUGUACGUCUGGGGAGGAGAAUGCGAUGGAGUAUAUUACAACGAACUUUUACAUUUCGAUGUCAAUGCCCUUAACUCCGGACCAAGAUGGAGAGUGCUCCAACCUCAAAACGAAGGUCCAUCGCCCAGAGCUAAUCACGUUUCUGCUUUAGUCAAUAAUAAGCUAUAUAUCUUUUCAGGAAAUGAUGGUAGAACUGUCUACAACGACAUAUGGUGCUUUGACUUGAAUACUGGAUACUGGGAGCAGAUCGCUGCUUUGGGAUACAUACCGGCACCACGAGAUGGAGCAUCAGCUGCCGUUGUGGAUGAUGUUAUCUAUGUUUUCGGUGGGCGAGGUUCGGAUGGCCAGUUGCUCGGAGAUUUGUGUGCAUUCAAGGUUACCAACAGACGAUGGUACAUGUUCCAAAAUAUGGGACCUGCUCCCACUCCUCGCUCUGGCCAUACACUGACUGCACAGAAGGAGAAGAUUUAUGUGAUGGGUGGUGAGCCUGCCAGUGGUAUGAAGUCAGAAGAUGCCACUAUGAUAUAUAUCUUGGAUACCACCAAAAUCAAGUACCCGGAAACUACUCAAGCUCCAUCUUCACCAACCUCAGCGAGAAAUCCAGAGUUAGCAGCUAUCAACGGCGGUAGUCCAUCCCCUACCAGAGGGCUCCAGAACGAAGCCUCAUCUCCUACUACUGGUUAUCAUCCAUCAAACCUGGCACAUGCACGGCAAUCCAACAUGCCACCUCGGUCUGACUCCCCAAUAACCCCACAAAAUCAAUCUUUCCCUGACAAUCGACAACCUCAAUCGGGAAGAGGAAACACGCUUUCUCUUCAUCCUGGCAAUGCUCCCACUGGUCCAAACGGACGACCAUUCCGGCAUGCAUCCAUGAUCCCAGACGCUGUGCUUCGCCGCAACAGGCCAACAUCUCCAAUGCCCUUUGUAGACAGUGAGCCAAGAAAGGAAGUUAUGUCUCCACCUGGUACGCCAGGUGGUGAACUUCACCCUAAUGGACAUGGAUAUCCAAAUGGACACGCUAACGGUAACCUUAACAGCCGGGAAGACUUGGAAAGAAGAUUGGAGCGGUCUGACUCCAUUACCAUCGAUACCGAUGAUUUGUACGAUGGACUUACGUCUUCUCCCGGGAUUCCACCUCCAUCUACCCCUAACCAUCAAAGUCCCGGGGGCCCAGCACAGCAUCCAGGUAUGCAGCGUCCUCCAAGUAGAGCAUCACCAACUGCAAACGGCUUUGCAAAUCAUAGCACCCCACCAAGACCUUCACGCGAAGGUGUUGAUAUUGGCGGCCAAAAGUUCAGGAACACUAUCGCGAUACCCCAAGGUGGCGAAAUUCAGCUCCCUUCAAAUGGAUCUACCGGUAUCCCUGCAGAAAGGCGUCCAAAAUCGCACAUUCCCACCCCAGAUCAAAUGCGCGACAUCCAUAGCGCUUCCCCAUCGCCAUCACCAAGGACGCCUAUACCUAUGACUUUAGAGCAUGCUAGAGCUGAGUCACCACUGACGGUUCGAAACAUGGUAGAUACCUCAGUGAAGCCGACAACGAGUCGAUCUCAUUCUUUGAAAGACGAUCAGGCUGCUUCACACAUUCAUGAGGAGCGAGCCAAUUAUACACGUGAACUCAAGGCUAAGGAUGCUAUUAUUUUGGAAAUGAAGAAGAAGGAGCAAUGGUGGAGAACUGAAGUUUCAUUGGCACGCAAACUCAGGGCCAAAUUGGAUGAUGAAGUUCCAGAAGACGUAGAAAAUGUUCUAAUGAACCUGGAUGAUCAAAACUCUGAUCAAGCCAAACUCUUUGAUCAACUGGUGAGACUCAAGACGGAACUGCGCAAGGUUAAAUUAAGCAUUGGGCACCAGUCGCAAGGAGCAUGUCAACAGGUCAUUCAAGCUGAGAAAAUGCGCACAGCAGCAUUACAGGAAGCAGCCUAUUUCAGGUCCAAGUACACUGCAAUUCAGUCCCGACAAGCAGACGAGCUCGCUAGUAUUGAAACAGCACGUGCAAAAGAGCUGGAAGAUAGGUUGGUGCAUGCACUGUCAGAGAACGAAACGUUGCAAAAGAAGCUUCAGCAAAUGCAGAAAAAAGUAAAUCAUGACCAGCAUGCAAGACAGUCAGCAGAAGACCGUGUAGCUGACGCCAAUGCAAGAGCUGACGAUGCCCAACAGGCUCACACUAGGGCGGUGGAAGAACUUUCAAAUUUGCACACGCGAACUUUGCAAGCAGAAGCUCAAGUUCGUGACAGCACAGCUCGCAUCGCCGAUUUAACCACUCAAUUGAACAGAGCCUUGGCUACUGAAGUUUCACCAACUGCAUUAUCGGAUGCCACUAUCAAGAUCUCUCAGUUGGAAGCUUCAUCUAUCAAAUUACGUAGUGAGGUUGCCUCUCUCAAACAAAAACUUGCUGAUAGCGAGGAUGAGAAUGAGAAAAUGAGAACUUCCAUGAUGGAGAAGGAGAGUAGCUUGAUUGAAACCACUCGCAUAUUGGAGGAUAACGAGAUCAAGCUUGGUAUAAUGAAGGAAGCAAUGAUCCAAAAGGGCUUUGAGAUUAGUGAUGUUCCUUCAACGUCUGGUCAUUCUGAAUCAGCUUCUAAGCUCCAGGAGUUACAGAAAGAACUGUCCGAUUUGGACCAAUCUACCAGGCGCACUAUUCGAGAGCUCAAGGAAUCUGUGUCUAUGUGGGAAUCCAGAUGCCACAAUCUGGAAGGAUCAGAACGCCAAGCAAGUGAUAAGGCUAAACAUGCUGCAGCUGAAGUUGCACGUCUACAUUCUGAAUUGAAGACACUGGCUGUAUCGAAGGACGCUACCAAUAAUGCAGAAAUUACCAGAACCAAAGCGACAUUAAUGGAGUUGGAACGUGCAGUGACAGAAGCUAGAAGAAACGAGUCGGAUGCCAGACUUGAACUGCAAGAGGCUUCUCAAAUCUAUGAAGCCAAGAUUCGUCAACUCGAAAAGGAAAACCUCAUUGCUAGCGAUAUGGCUCAUACUUCAGAGGAUGCUUUGGAAACAGUGAAGAAGGAAGCUGCUGAUACCGAAUCCAAGCUCAACCAGCUAUCAUCUGCCCUUCAAGAACUUGAGGAAACAAAUAAAAAACUAACCUAUCAACUAAAGGAGAUGCAAGAUAACCAUAAAGUUAACUCUGUGGAACGAGGCAGAUUAGAAGAAGCACAGGCCGAGUGGGAGUCAGAAAGAGCCGCAUUAGAUAACAAGAUAGAACAACUUCACCACAAUCUCUCUCACAUACAAGAAUCCGCUAGUGGAUCAGUCUCCAAAGCUCAGGCUCUCACGGACCAACUGGAAGUACUUCAGGACGAGCGCGAUCAGCUGAUAGCAGAAUGCAAUCGACUGAAGGGCAAACAUAGCGAGCACAAGAAAGAAACGCGGAGAGCAGCAAGAGAGCUGAACUUGGAAAUACAAUCUUUGACCAAGCAAAUUGAACAAGCUUCUGCUGAACUCGAAUUGUCCACACAGACCAACACCAAGCUGAGAAAGGAGUUGGAUAUCGCUAUGAAGAACCAAAAAUCGGAAGAAUCCGAAAAAUGGGCCAUAGAAAGACAACAGCUGGAACAACAAUUACAGGAACAAAAUGGCUCUAUUCAGUCCUUAAAAUCUGAGCGAGAUUUGCUUAAGCGACAGUACCAAGAUUCGCAACGCAAAAUUGAGUUGCUAUUGGAUCAAAUGAAUGAAUCAGAGGACGAGGAUGGUCGUCGCCAUACCAACCAAAAACAUGCCCCAAAAGAUGAUGAUACGGAAUAUAGCGCCAUUGAAUCUUCAGAAGGAGAGAGUAGCCGACCUGGCAGUCUCAAAUACAUCCCUGACCCAGCCAACAAACCUCGAGGUCCCAACAUUAUGAAGUCAAUCAACAGCGAGCUGAGCAAUCUUUCGAAAUGGCAGGAUCGAUCAUUUGAUAGCUCUGAUGACAAUGAUAGCGAUGAAGAAAUUCUUAGCCACAAAGGCUCAUCUUCUACGCUAAGACAGAAUGACAGUACUCCACCCCCUCCUUCCCGAUCUCCAGCACGGUCGCAGGUUCGAUCGCCUGCCCGAACUACACCAGUACGAACUCCAGUACAAGCCAACAAAGUCAUGGAUUCUUCUGAUGAAGAAGGGUACGACUCCAUGAUCCAUAGCCUUGAAGCAGUAUCUAUGAAGGCACAGUCGAUUACAGAAAGUAAAUAA